AUGGAUUCAAUUCAGAGGUUUAGGUAUAUAUCAAAGGAAUGCACGAACAGCUACUCCCCGAAUGUAAUAAGAAACCAGAAGUACAAAUGGUACACGUUUUUCUUUGCUGUGAUGAGGCUGCAGUUUGAGCACUUCUUCAACACGUUUAUUUUCUUUAUAUGCAUGACACAGCUGAGGAAGGAAUAUCUUGUGUCAUCGCCUAUGUCAUCUGUAGCACCGUGGAUGAUGGUCUUGCUGUUUUCGUUGUUCAAGGAAGGCGUUGAAGAUUACAAAAGAUACGAGCGAGACAAAAGCACCAAUAACCAGCUAUAUACGAAGCUUACAAGCAAGGGAUUCGUGAGCGUUCCUAGCUGUAAAAUACAGGUUGGUGACCUGAUAGUGCUCGAUAAGAACGAAAGAGUACCCGCAGAUAUGAUCUUGCUGAAAACAUCUGAUGCCACAGGGCAGGUAUUUAUCAGAACGGAUCAGCUGGAUGGAGAAACCGAUUGGAAGCAGAAGCUGGUGGUUCCACAGAUACAAUCGGCGUCCUUUGAGGACAUGGGCUCUCUGAGUGUUCUUGCAGAGGAACCUAAUAAGAACAUAUAUGCGUUCAAUGGGAAGAUCAAGAUUGGGAAGUUUUCUGAAGAGGAUCUUGAAGGAGUUUUAGAGGAGGAUCACAUGGAGGAAGGGCUUAGAAGCAGGAUUGAGGCAUUCCUUGACUUUGGAUUCAAAGCAAGAGACGAAAUUGAUCAAGCUGCUCAUGAAAAAAUUACCAAAGACGUUUCGUGGAUAACAUCUGACGAACAGAAUAAAACAGGUAGCAGCCGACACAGCAUGCCACAGCACAGCGAGGAAGAAACGGAAACUGAAGCAGCUAAAAAUGAAUGCGAUAACGGUGCAAGACGGAACGAUGCGAAAGAUGGUAGCAUAGUGAAUUCUGUUCAUGCUUUGGGCUAUGAAAACGUGAUCUGGAUGAGCACGGUGGUUGCGACAUGCUCGGUUCUUGGAUGUGUCAUAUACACGGGAAAGGAUGCCAGAGCGAUUCUCAACACGUCUCGGCCUAGGAACAAAAUUGGAAUUAUCGAGCUUGAGUUGAAUGGAUACAUGAAGGUUCUGGGUGUUGGGUGCGUGAUACUUGCAGCAGUAUACACGUACAUAUGCGGGAUUGGAUCCCGGCCGGACAUUGUUUUUAUCCGGUUUCUUGUUUUGUUCUCGUCUGUGAUUCCGAUCUCGCUGAGGAUCAAUAUUGAUUGGGCAAGGUAUUGCUAUGCAAGAUAUAUUUCUGUGGAUGAAAAGAUCGAGGGUGCGAUUAUGAGAUCGACAAGCCUGCCCGAGGAGCUCGGACGGGUGUCAUAUGUUCUAACGGACAAAACAGGCACGCUAACGAAGAAUGAGAUGGAGAUGAAGAAAAUACAUCUUGGAACGAUUUGCUAUACAAAGGAGCUGAAUAGAGAGAUAAACAAGAAUCUUGCGAAGGUGUUGACCAGCAGAAGCAAUGGAAAGGGAAUGUUUUCGAGAGGAAAAAGAGACAUCAAUGUAAGAUUGUAUGACUUAGUGCAGGCAUUGAGUGUGUGCCACAAUGUCACGCCGGUGGUAUCUGGAGAAGAGACUAUUUACCAGGCAUCAAGUCCGGAUGAAAUUGCGAUUGUUGAAUGGACCGAAUGUGUUGGCAUGAAGUUGUUCAGGAGAGACCGAAACACAAUUGUGAUCCGUGAUCCUCUUAAUGAUGACCAGGAGUAUCAGGUUCUGCAUGUGUUUCCAUUUACCAGCGAAACAAAGCGGAUGGGAAUUAUUGUUAAGCAUGAUGGGGAGAUCCUGUUUUUCGUGAAAGGUGCUGAUGUUGUCAUGAACAAGAUAAUUAAGAGCAAUGACUGGGUUGAGGAGGAGGCAGACAACAUGGCUAGAGAUGGGCUAAGGACGCUUGUGAUAGCAAAGAAGGUUCUUUCUGAGGAAGAGUUUGCUCUGUUUGAAGAUGCAUACAGCAAGGCCAGGGUUAGCUUGAUUGACAGGGUAGAAUCAUUGAACGAGGCAAUGAGCAUGAUAGAAAGAGAGAUGGAUGUGCUUGGAUUGACGGGAGUCGAGGAUAAACUGCAGGACGACGUCAAAGUUACGCUUGAGAAUCUAAGAAAUGCAGGAAUGAAGAUAUGGAUGCUGACGGGAGACAAGAUAGAAACAGCAAUUUCGAUUGCAAAGUCAUCGAGGAUAUUCCACAGAGGCAGUAACUACUUGGUGAUAAGCAAUGCAAGAUCGACUGGGGAGGUAAAACAGAAGCUGGAUCUUCUGAGGGGGUCGUACUAUAACUCACUGGUGAUAGAUGGCCAAAGCCUGUCGUACGUAACGGAUAGCUACAUGAGUGAGUUUGUCCUGCUUGUAUCGGAAAUGGAGGCGGUUAUUGGAUGCAGAUACACACCUACUCAGAAAGCAGCGAUGGCAAGGGAACUCAAGAAAAUGGCAAAAAAGUGCAUUUGUUGUGUAGGAGACGGAGGCAAUGAUGUUUCUAUGAUCAUGGAGGCGAAUGUAGGGAUAGGGAUUGUUGGGAAGGAGGGCAAUCAAGCAUCGUUGGCCUCUGAUUUCAGCAUCAAUAAGUUUUGCCACAUCUCUGAUCUACUGUUCUGGCAUGGCAGGAAUUCUUACCAGAGGACUGCAAAGAUAUCUCAUUUGAUAAUACACAGAGGGCUUACCCUUGCUGUUAUUCAGGCAAUAUUCUGCUCGUUGAAUGGGUUUGUUGCAUCUGGAUUGUUCAGAGGAGAGCUGUUGAUGAUGUUUGUAACUGUGUACUCGUUCCUCCCGAUUUUCUCUAUUAUCUGCUCGAGCGAUAUCAAUAGGAGUGUUGUAAUGAAAUUUCCUGAGCUGCACAAGGAGCUUAUUGAGAAUCGGCUGCUUUCUUACACACACUUUUCAGUAUGGACACUGAUAUCAUUUUACCAGGGAACAAUAAUGAUGAUAGCGUUUUACUUGCUGAAGCAGGAGUUCUUCAUUAUAUCGACCCUGACAUUUACAUGUUUGGUCAUUAAUGAGAUUCUUAUGGUGAUGCUUACAGCUACAAAAAGAACACCUAUGAUGUAUUUUUCAUCUGCGCUGUCUCUGAUAGUAUACAUUGUGUACUUUAUGAUCAGGAAAGGGCUGCUAAGGUACCAGAAGCCAUUCUAUCUAUUCCUUUUGAAGAUUAUAGUCGUUAAUACUCUUGCAAUAAUGGUGAGUGUGAUUCAAAAGCUUUGGCGCAAGUACAUGAGCCCGCCAACAUAUUCAAAGCUUGAGGUGCUAGUGUGA